AUGAGCAGCCCCGAGGCAGCCGGACAGAUGGUGUUGUGGGAAAUUGAAUUAAUCAAGUUCGAUGUACAGUAUCGCCCCCGUACAACUAUAAAGGGACAAGUGAUCGUUGACUUCAUCGUAGAGUUUACUCUUGUGGAAGGCCAGAGGGCAGAGAUGAGCCCACAAUGGAGCGUCCACAUGGACAGAUCUUCCAAUAAGUAUAGUAUACCUAGAGUAUUAGUUUCAAACAAUGGGAAGCAGUUUGACAAUGACGCAUUCAGAAAAUUUUGUUCACAACUAGGGAUCAAGAAUCACUACUCAUCGCCUACCCACCCUCAAGCUAACGGACAAGUUGAGGUUAUGAACCGAUCCUUACUCAAAAUUAUCAAGACUCAGGUCAAGGGGGCAAAGGGGAUAUGGCCUGAAGAAUUACCAAGCAUCCUAUGGGCUUACAGGACAAUUGCAAGGAUGCCUAUAAGAGAGACACCAUUUCGUUUGGCGUAUGGAAGUGAGGCAGUCAUCCCGGCCGAAGUAGGACUCACAAGUUACAGAGUGGAAAACUAUGACGAGAGUAGGAAUGAUAAAGUUAUGCGCCUACAACUUGAUCUGAUAGAUGAGAUCAGAGCAACUGCCGAGCAAAGACUAGCACGAUACUAG